AUGAAGUCCUCCGAUAUCGAUCAGGAUUUAUUUACAGACAGUUACUGCAAAGUGUGCAGUGCACAACUGAUAUCCGAAUCUCAGCGCGUGGCUCAUUACGAGAGUCGAAAACAUGCAAGCAAAGUCCGACUGUAUUACAUGCUUCACCCCAGGGAUGGCGGGUGUCCUGCCAAGAGGCUCCGGUCAGAAAAUGGAAGUGAUGCUGAUAUGGUGGAUAAGAAUAAGUGCUGUACACUCUGUAACAUGUCCUUUACUUCGGCAGUGGUGGCUGACUCACAUUAUCAAGGCAAAAUCCAUGCCAAAAGGUUAAAACUGUUGCUAGGAGAGAAAACCCCAUUAAAGACCACAGCAACACCCCUGAACUCACUGAAGCCUCCGAGGGUGGACACUGCUCCAGUGGUCACAUCUCCCUAUCAAAGAAGAGAUUCAGACAGAUACUGUGGGCUCUGUGCAGCCUGGUUUAACAAUCCUCUGAUGGCCCAGCAACAUUAUGAUGGCAAGAAACACAAAAAGAACGCAGCAAGAGUUGCUCUAUUAGAACAGCUUGGGACAACUCUGGAUAUGGGGGAACUAAGAGGUCUGAGGCGCAAUUACAGAUGUACCAUCUGCAGUGUCUCUCUAAACUCCAUAGAACAGUAUCAUGCCCAUCUGAAAGGAUCUAAACACCAGACCAAAAGCAAGUCACUGGAUCCAGUCCACACUCAAAGGGAGGGGAUCUCAACAGGACAAGGAUACCAGGAUGCAAGGAUCUUUGGAAAGCACUUCUCAGAUGCUGCUUACCUUGGUCUGCCCUCUGGGCCAUCCUUUUUCAUGAAAGCCUGUGCACGUUUGUAUCCAGCUAGUUUGGUGGGCUUGCUUCUUGCCAGUAGACUUUCUACGAUCUGUCCCAUCCAACCUGCCCCACUUGGUGGGAGUCCCUCCAAGAUGGCACCUGAAAUUCUACAAGCAGCCCCAAUAGUGGCCAGCACUACUCCAACAUGA